GUAAAAAGCAUAUGGUAUUUAAAAAAAUAAAGAAAUUAAUACGGAAAUGCCGAAUUUGAAAAGUUCAAGUAGUAUGUAGAGACUAUCCCCGAUGAUUGAAAAGGAAUAUUAGACACAAAAAGCGAACGCUCAAAAUAUCGAGUUAGUACUGUAGAGUGUUCUCCCACUCCUCCAAAUAUUUUCGAGAGUCUCGAAUUUUACCUUAUCUCAUAUAAAUUAAACAAAUUAAUUUCUUCGUACGAUAUUCGCACACAAAGUGUUGACGGGCUUCGUAAUUGUCACAUCGCGACUUGCGUGAGUUUUGAUUCAGCUAAGAAAGUUAUAACAAAUUAUAAUUUAUUUAUAAACUAUGAUAAUCUAUUAUUUAACGGGAACACUAUUGUUACUUUGGAUCCAUGUGUUAUGGAGUCGUAGAGCAUUUUAUAAAUUAAUAUGGAAAAUAUCUGGGCCGUUGGGCUACCCCAUUGUGGGCAUGGCUCAUCGGUUAAUGAGGAGAGAAGAUAUUUUAUCAGCAUUUAAAGAAGAAGAACAAAAGUUUGGACAAACUUUCUUUUCUUGGCUCGGACCAUAUCCCUUUUUGGUUGUUGGCGAUCCCCAAAUAGCGCAAGAUAUUUUAACUUCUCCCCACUGCGUUAACAAAAGCUUCAUCUAUAGCGCUUUGGAUGAUGGCGCUGGAAGAGGGCUGUUUAGUUUACCAAAUCCAAAGUGGAAUUUGCACAGACGUCUUUUAAAUCCUGCAUUCGGGCACAAGGUUCUUCUGAAUUUAAUGCCCAUAUUUAAUCAAGAAGUGAAUAAACUCAUAAAAACAUUUGAAAUGCUUUUAACGGAAGAAGUCAAUUUGACAAAAGUUUUCCAAAACUUUACAUUGAAGAUUGCAGCACAAACGACAAUGGGCGACAAAAUUCCCUCCGACGACAUAAAUAAUUUUUCCGAAGGAUUAUUAAGCUGUUAUAAAUGUGUUCAGGAUUCCAUGACCCAGAUGUGUUUUUCACCCUGGCUGAAUUUCAAGGCAUUCAACUAUUUCUGGAAGAAUAGAGACUCCUAUAAAGAGGCAAAAUCAAAAAUUCGUACAUAUAUUCGCAAUUUAAUAAAACAAAAGACCAUGUACGAGCCAGAAUUAUCGGAGAACAAAAGGGCAUUAGACCAAAAUAUUUUUAUACAUCGCGCUCUCAAUUUGGCUCAAAAAGGGCAUUUCGAUUGGCAGAACGUUGAAGAUGAAUGUAAUGUGAUUGUGUUUGGGGCUUUCGAAACUACUUCAAACACCCUCAUGUACAUACUGAUGUUGCUAGCAAUGUUUCCACAGUAUCAGGAUAAAGUUUUUGAUGAAGUCUGUUCCAUAUAUUCCAGUAAAGACGAUAAUGAAAUCACCUACAGCGACACACAACUGAUGAUUUACUUGGAUAUGGUGAUUAACGAAACGAUGCGGGUGAUGGCGCCAGUGCCAUUGGUGGCAAGGCAAACCGAACAAGAAGUUCGUCUAAGUAAUGAUGUUGUAAUUCCCAAGGGACUGCAAGUAGCAAUUGAUAUUUUCAAUAUGCAUCGCCGUACGGAUAUUUGGGGUCACGAAGCACAUAUUUUUAAUCCGGAUAACUUUUUACCAUCAAACUUGGACGGUAAACACCCUUAUGCAUUCAUACCAUUUACGAAGGGAAUUCGGAACUGCAUUGGUUGGAGAUAUGCUCUUUUAUCAAUGAAAGUAACUAUUGCUAGACUUAUAUUGAAUUAUCGGUUUUCUACUACAUUCGAAUACCAGAAUUUACACUUUGUAGAAGACAUUACCAUUAAGCUAAAGGAAACACCUCUUCUUCGAAUAUAUGAAAGAAAUAAAAAUAUACUUAAAUAUGAAAAAUGAUAAUUUUGGAUGCAAUAAUGUAUUUCAGCUUCUUAGUGGAGAGACAAUCGGCUAAUGGUUUGAAUGGUCAAAUAUCCAUCUAUAGGAGAUUCAAAUAUCGUAAAAAUGUGUGCAUGUUGCCUAGCCUUUGUGUUGGCCUUACAUAAAUUUUUCUUUAUCUUAUAUUUUCAUAGGGAGUUUGCCAUGGCCUCUUUUAUAUAUUGUUAAUAAAAUACAUGUAAUGUAUAAAAAAAGUUAAUGCCUUUCUCAUUUAUAUUUUAAUUGUUCCAUAUGCGUGUUAUAUUUUUAUACCCUGCAACAGUCGCUAUAGAGUAUAAUAGUUUUGAUCACCUUAUGGUUGUAUGUAUCAACUAAAACUAAUCGAGUCAGAUAUAUGUCAAGUACAUACAUGUAGGGUUACGUAUAUAAAAAUUAUCAGGAUAAUUAGGCGAGUUGAAAUUCGAUUGACUGUCUGUCUCUCCGUUCGCGCAAACUAUAACUUGAAUAAGAAUUGAGAUAUCGUAAUGAUGUUCCUUGGAAAAAAGUUGGAGUUCGUAGAUAGGCGUAAUCGGACCACUGCUACGCCCACAAAACGCAAUUAAAAGAAAACCUAUAAAGUGCUAUAACUAAGCUCUUAAUUAAGAUCUAGAACUGUAAUUUUGGCAGUAGCAAGGUGUAAGGUACAUGUCUCUCAAACAGUUCCAGGAAAAAUGACCAUAUUCGCUCAGGAUACAACUUAUAAGAACCCCUAUAGACAGUGCGAUCAUGAAUCGGUUCAUUAGAUUGGAUUUUUAAUGUUCGCGGUUUUGUUAUCAUCUGACAUUGGAAUAUAUGUACAUCCACCUAAAUCUACACAAGUUUAACAUUCAGCUAAAAUAAACUUUUAUGACCAUCACGUUUCUCGUAUGUGUUUGGAAAGCCAUGGAGGCCAUUUUCCCAAUGUGUUAUUCC